CGCCGCUCCAGCUCUCCUCGAACAGCUCCUAAAGAGAACUAAGGCGUGCAGAGUGCUGAUGACUAGCAUCAUGCUUCUUAUGCUUGGAUCUUAGAUUUCCCCUCUCUCUAAACACCAUCUAAGAACUGCUCCUAGGCAUCAGCUUCCUAGGCAGACAGAGGGGGGGAAGAGAAGAAGAGCGAAUCUUCAGCCAAGUGGACUAAGAUCAGCAAAAGAGUCGGAAGAGAGAGAGAAAGCGGCAGAGUGAGCGCUUUGCCUUGCACAGCGGCAAAGUGGGAAUUUAAAGAGCUGCAGUGGAAAAGAGCCCACAGAUUCCCCAACCACAACACAAGCAUAACCUUGCAGAAUUACAGAGCCAGGUAGAAAUGACAUCAACGGUCAAAGAAGGCAGCGGAGCUCAGCAUGCACAGUAUGUUGGACCCUAUCGCCUGGAGAAAACCUUGGGCAAAGGACAGACAGGGCUUGUGAAGUUGGGGAUUCACUGUGUAACAUGUCAAAAGGUCGCUAUAAAAAUUGUCAACAGAGAGAAGCUCAGUGAGUCGGUGCUAAUGAAGGUGGAACGGGAAAUAGCCAUUCUGAAGUUGAUAGAACAUCCCCACGUUUUAAAGCUGCACGAUGUUUAUGAAAAUAAAAAAUAUUUGUAUUUGGUGCUAGAACAUGUGUCCGGUGGAGAACUUUUUGACUAUCUUGUAAAGAAGGGAAGAUUAACACCAAAAGAAGCCAGGAAAUUUUUCCGGCAGAUCAUCUCUGCUUUAGAUUUCUGUCAUAGUCAUUCAAUAUGCCACAGGGAUUUAAAACCUGAAAACUUAUUGCUGGAUGAAAAGAAUAAUAUCCGGAUAGCAGACUUCGGGAUGGCAUCUCUACAAGUCGGAGACAGUUUGCUUGAAACAAGCUGUGGGUCACCGCAUUAUGCCUGCCCAGAAGUAAUCAGGGGAGAAAAAUAUGAUGGGAGGAAAGCAGAUGUCUGGAGCUGUGGAGUCAUUUUAUUUGCAUUAUUAGUGGGUGCUCUGCCAUUCGAUGAUGAUAACUUGCGGCAGCUGCUGGAGAAAGUGAAACGUGGUGUAUUCCAUAUGCCACAUUUCAUCCCCCCAGAUUGUCAAAAUCUCUUGCGGGGGAUGAUUGAAGUGGACGCCUCGAAACGACUGACGCUAGAACACAUUCAGAAGCACAUAUGGUAUAUAGGGGGUAAGAAUGAGCCAGAACCAGAACAACCAGUUCCUCGAAAGGUGCAAAUUCGGUCUCUCCCUUCCCUGGAGGACAUUGAUCCUGAUGUUUUAGACAGCAUGCACUCUUUAGGUUGCUUCCGUGAUAGGAAUAAACUCUUACAGGACUUGUUAUCGGAAGAAGAAAACCAAGAGAAAAUGAUUUAUUUUCUCCUCCUUGAUCGGAAAGAGAGGUACCCCAGUCACGAGGAUGAGGAUCUGCCUCCUAGAAAUGAAACAGACCCUCCCAGAAAGCGCGUGGACUCUCCAAUGCUGAACAGGCAUGGGAAGCGGAGGCCGGAGAGGAAAUCAAUGGAAGUCCUGAGUGUGACAGAUGGAGGUUCCCCCGUUCCAGCUCGCAGAGCAAUUGAAAUGGCACAGCAUGGGCAGAGUAAAACAAUGUUCAGUAAAAGCCUGGAUAUCUGUGAAGCCAAUCCCAAAUUCAACAAAGAAGAAAGGAUGACGAGUGCUGACGCUUUGGGAUCUCGGUCCAUCAGUGGAGCAUCGUCUGGCUUGUCUACCAGUCCCCUCAGCAGUCCAAGGCCUAUCAGAAAAUUUUUCAUCCCCCCUCAGACCCCUGACCUCCCUUUCUCCCCUCGACCCCAAGUGUCCUUGGACUCUGAUGCUUGUAGGAACUCUUCCAGGCCUGGGCAUGUUCUCCAACCAAAGCCGGCCCUUCAGCCCAAUCCAAAAACACAGACUUUACCAUCCAAAAGCAAAUUGGCUGAAAAACCACUACAAUCUACUAAAUCCAAUCCACUCCCCUCUAGCAAUGCUAUUGUCCCUCCUUCCCAAAAUGCCCCAGCACAGAACACUCAGAGCCGCCCGCCUGCACCUGGGUUGAGCCCACAGAUGGCCAUUCCUACAGUGCAGACUAACCCUAUGUCUCCUGUUAGAUUUCUCCCUUCUAGUACUGACCCAACCACCAAAUCUAUCCCCAUCAUACAGGUCACCCCUCACCCCUCUCCAAGGGGCAGUCCCCUCCCUACCCCCAAGGGGACACCUGUCCAUACGCCAAAGGAGAGCCCAGCAGGCACACCCAACCCUACGCCACCAUCCAGCCCCAGCAUUGGAGGAAUGCCCUGGAGAACACGGCUCAACUCGAUCAAAAACAGCUUCUUGGGAUCUCCUCGCUUUCAUCGCAGGAAAUUGCAAGUACCUACACCAGAAGAGAUGUCAAAUUUAACUCCAGAAUCUUCCCCAGAUUCUGAUGACUGGAUAAUAUACCUUGACAUGUCUAGGCUUGCCAAAAAAUCCUGGUUUGGUAACUUUAUCAACCUGGAGAAAGAAGAACAGAUCUUUGUGGUUAUUAAGGACAAGCCACUGAGCUCCAUCAAGGCUGACAUAGUUCAUGCAUUCCUUUCAAUUCCCAGUCUCAGUCAUAGCGUCAUCUCACAGACAAGCUUCCGUGCAGAGUACAAGUCCACAGGUGGUCCUGCUGUCUUUCAGAAGCCAGUGAAGUUCCAAGUGGACAUAACAUACACAGAAGGUGGGGAGGCCCAGAAAGAGAAUGGGAUCUACUCAGUCACUUUCACACUUUUAUCAGGUCCAAGCCGUCGCUUUAAGAGGGUAGUAGAAACCAUUCAGGCACAGUUGUUAAGCACACACGACCAGCCUUCAGUGCAGCAGUUAUCUGACACCACUAACUGUUUGGAGUUGAUGACUGGGAGACUUUCCAAAUGUGGCAGCCCAUUGAGUAACUUCUUUGACGUAAUUAAACAACUUUUUUCAGACGAGAAGAACGGGCAGGUGAGCCAUCCCCCCGGCACGCCAACCAAGCAUAGCGCAAACAGCAAGCGGAGCGAUUCCGAUGCUAAUGACUAUGGGUCUAGAGGAGACACUAAAUACCCCGCUGGCAAAGAGAAGGCAAAGAUGGUCUCAUCACUCGGCCUACAAGACCAACCUUAAAUAAGUGUUUUUUUUAAAUAAAAGAAAGGACAGAAUAAAUUAAAAAAGGAAACACACACCAAAAUCCCAAAAUGAAUGAGUAUUCCUUAGAAACUUAGUCUUUAAAAUAAAAGGAUGUAUAUAUAUAUUAUAUUAUAUAUAUAUAUAUAUAUUGCUACAACAUUACAAGACUGUCUAUAAACAACUUUUGUAUGAAGGAAUGACUGUGUGUUUGUGUAUAUAUGUGUGUGGAUACACACACAUGCACACACACACACAUAUAUAUUUAUAUGUUAUAUCUCUCUGAAAAAAAUCACAAAAGCAAUGAGAAAAGAAAAGGUAGCACAGAUGACAACCCCAAUUCUGCAGAUCUUGGGUUGCUUUUUUCAGCCCAAUCCCUUUUUCUUUACUUUCUCCCUCUUUUGAUUUUCUUCCCUCACCCCUCCCCACCAUUAUUUUCUUGUUAUGUUCUCUCUGUGUUUCUGACACCACCACUUGUUUCCACUCUGCUACCAGGAAUUAUCCCGAAAAGUUAACAUGUCAGCCAACAGCUUCACCUUCUGUGCUCUGCGAACACUUGUUCACGGAAGGCAACUGAUGUAAGACUGUCUGUGGACUGGUUUUGUUUGGGGAUUCCCAGACUCCCCUCUCCCAACUGCAGGAAAUGGGUCUCCUCCCUUCCACUUGCCCUCAACACACACUUUUCUUUUGGUGCUCCGCGCUGAAGAACUGCUCAGUUACAAAAUUGCACAGUUGGAAUUACUGGAGUGGCAUCAUUGCCCUUGACAGCCCUCUUCCCCACUGGCACAUCCGGACUAUUGUGGGGAGAACGUUAUAACAUAUCCAAGCUGCAUUCUCAUUAAGGAGUAUCACGAGAGAAUUUUCCUCCAUUUGCUUUCCAUCCCCAUCCCUUUUCUUCUCCCCCCCUUUUUUCAAAUUGUUUUUAUUUUUUUAUAAUCUCAACACUUCUUUUCAACCUGCUGGAGGGGCAGAAUGUACUUUUAGGGAAAACUGCAACAUACAAGGCAAACGUACAUGAACGCUGAAACUUAGGGUGAAAACGACUGUCAGCAAUGAAGAAGAAGGUGACAAGAAUCCAGUUGUUUGAGAACCAAUCUUUGUUGCCAGCAACAGCACUAUUGCUGCUACCGUCACCACCCCCGCCGCUGCUGCUGCUGCCCCCCCAAUCCACUUCUUCUUCCUUUCUUUCUGCACUGGGAGCUCCUUCUGCCCACUGAAUUCUCCACCACAUCAUCCAUUGGGAGGCAACAAUUGUAUUGUUAGUGCUGCAUUAAUAUAUCAGUAUUAUUUAUUUGCUGGUUUUACUUUAUGUAUUUAUUUAUUUGGGUUGUGUUUUUUAAUGCAAAAGAAGAACAUGAAAAGAGUAAUUUUUUUUCUCCUGUGUGUAUGCGCGCGGCGUGUACAACCACUGGUACUUAGUUGAUCUGAGCAAGAGAUGGAGGAGAUAGCACUAUAGGCGACUUAAACACAAAGCUACUGUAAACUUUAAAAAAGUAUUGCAAGAUAUUUUUAUAAAACUUUUUUUUCAAAAAGGGGUAGGUGGGUGGGUGGAAACUUUCUUGUGCGUGUUUAAGUUAUUAUUAGGUAAGUUAUUAUUUAUAUAUAUAUAUUUAAAAAAACAAGCUGUUAGCUAUCUCUUCUGCUUUAUUAACUGUGUAGAGGUGACAUUGAUUCCUGUUUAGUUUGGGGAGGGGAAAAGGAAUGACUACCAGAAUGCUUAACUUAUUCCUCUCGCCAACAUUUCAAUUUUUUUGUGUGUAUCUGUCUUUUUUCUUUCUCUUUUUUCUCUCUCCAACUGUUACAACAAGUGUAAACUGAAUCUGGCCCACAAUCAAAUGUUUUCAGAUAUUAUGAUCACAUGUGUCAGAGGCAAAAAAUGAAGAAGAAACUGCAGGAGAAAUUCUCCUUUACAAAUAUUUUUAAGAUGUAGAUUUAGUAUUAGUGUUAUUCUCUUAUUACCUUCAAUUGCUGUUUGUUGGGUUCCUAUGAGUGUAUGUUGUAUUGCAAGAUUUUUUAAUGAUAACAUUAAAUUUCUUCCUCACUGUUUUCUUUCUAUAUUUUUGUUGUUGUUUUCUUUUUGUCUUUGUUCUUUAUGGACCCCCCCUCCUUUUUUUGUUUGCCCUUCUUGGACCUGUUUUUCUUGUACAUAGGUUUGAAGGAAAAAUCUUUUUCAAAAAGAGACACAAAAAUGGGAGGGUGCUUUUAUUUGUUUUGUUUUUUUUUCUGAUCUGAAACUUUUCUCUUGUAUUGCUGUGUGCAUGUCAGACACUGGGAGGGUGAUGCCUGGGGAGGGCAGGAUGCAAGAGGUUUGGGGGCAGUUUUAAUUGCAUGAUGUUGCUGUAAAUUAGUCUCUUUUGCUUUUGUUGUUGUUUCUGCCUCCACCUUCUCCUUCCCUCUCCCCCAGCAUCCCUUCCACUGCCCUUAGCCCUUCCCCUCUUUUCUCUGCCCUUGUGUAUAUAUUUUGAUGCUUCUGUUACAUUGUACCUCUACAAAAGGCUGGGAUUUCAAUACAAAAAUACUACUACUAAUACUACUAGUACUACUAAUAAUAAUAAUAAUACAGCAAAACCCAUAUGGUACAAUCAGGAAGGGGACUACUUACACAAGACAUAAGAAUAAACGAAAGCAAUAUCUCUUGUUAUCCUUCCUAUUUUGUACUUUGAAGACACAAAUACACACGCACACACACUCACACAUACAGACACAAACUUACAUUAUUUAACAGUUGAAAUGGACAAAAAAGAGAACCUUCUGAUGUAUCCCUUGUUAAAUAACUGUGAGCAACUUUAGUUCAAAGACAAUAAAUUCAUUCAGUAAAGA